AUGGCUGAAGUGACUUUCUGUGAAGAGUGUAAUAAUAUCUUAUACUCCAGGAGUGAUCGAAAAAACAAAAAGCUAAUAUAUGUAUGUAGGAGUUGCGAGUACAUAUCACAUAAACAAAAUGAAGAGAAUAACAUAGUUGCUAGGAUAAACUAUAACUACAACAGGAAAGAAGAUAUAUACAUUCACCCCGAAACGAAAAACGACCCCGCGCUAGGUCGAGUACGUGACUGGACGUGCAAACAAUGCGGAAACAACGAAGCGGUAUUUUUGCAGUUACCAGAAAAGAUCAGUUACAACCCUAUGGCAUUGAUUUAUGUGUGUACUGAUAAGCAUUGUCAUUACUGGGAGAAAGAAAUACAGCCUAUGAGUGAAGACCAGUUAUAUAAUAGAAGUGAUCUGUCCACAGAUUCAUCCGAGGAAAGAGAGUUGAGAACAUACGUUAAACAGGAGAUAGGUGUAGAAGUAGAUGAAAAAGAAGGAAAUAAAAAAAAGAGGAAGAAAUUGAAAAAAGUAAAUGCUGAUAAUGGGGAGGAAAUAAAAGAAGCAGAACAAGAAGAUGGCGAUAAGAAUGAGAAUGUGGAUGAAGACGAGGAUGAGGAAAAAAAAGAAGAAAAUCGACUGAAACAGGAGCUAUACAAUAUAAUAAAGACAAAUGAAAAAGAGCAUAGUGAACAUAUAGACAUAAAGGAGGAAAAUGAAAGUGAUGUAGAUGAGUAUUUUUGUGAAUAA